GGAGCAGCUAACAUGAGAAAACGGCAGCAGUCCCAAAAUGAAGGAACCCAGGCUGUGUCUCAGGCACCUGGGAACCAAAGGCCCAACAACACCUGCUGCUUCUGCUGGUGCUGCUGCUGCAGCUGUUCCUGCCUCACUGUCAGGAAUGAGGAAAGAGGAGACUCUUCCGGGAGACCCCCGCAUACCACCAAAAUGGAGAGCAUCCAGGUCCUAGAGGAAUGCCAAAACCCCACUGCCGAUGAGGUCUUGUCCUGGUCUCAAAAUUUUGACAAGAUGAUGAAGGCUCCUGCAGGAAGAAACCUUUUCCGAGAGUUCCUCCGAACGGAAUACAGCGAAGAGAACCUCCUCUUCUGGCUAGCCUGUGAAGACUUAAAGAAAGAGCAGAACAAAAAGGCCAUUGAAGAAAAGGCCAGGAUGAUCUAUGAGGAUUACAUUUCUAUCCUGUCCCCGAAAGAGGUCAGCCUGGAUUCUCGAGUUAGAGAGGUGAUCAACAAGAAUCUGCUGGAUCCCAGCCCUCACAUGUACGAAGAUGCCCAGCUUCAGAUCUACACCCUAAUGCACAGAGAUUCUUUUCCAAGAUUCUUGAACUCGCAGAUCUAUAAAGCUUUUGUGGAAAGUACCACCAGCUGUACUUCUGAAUCCUAA